UCUCCCCCUACAACCCCCUCCACCACUCCUCUCGCCCCUCCCCUCUAAACCGCCUCCCCUCCAUUCCUCUUCACUCCCGUAUUCUCCACAGUUUCAUCCCCCUGCACUGUCUCAACCACCACGGCCACUUCCACACUGUCCCCUUCCCCUCUACCGCACCUUCACUAACCCCGUCCCCCUCCACACCCUCCACACCAAGGAUGUGUCCGUACCGGGGAGAGGGCGGGCGGCGGCGGCCCUCACUGCUCAGGGCUGGGAUGGCCUUCUCAGAGGUUCCCAGCGACACGGACUGAGGGAAGGAGAUUCCCGACUAACGGCAACUUCUUCCGUCCCCAGUUCCAAAUGCGGUCCGAUUUCGAGGAGUUCAAAGUGGCUUACAACAGGAGUUAAGACUGAGAGGAAGAAGAGAAUCGCCGUUUCCAGAUCUUCGUGGAGAACAUGAAGAAAGCUGAGCAGAUGGAAGACGACGACAGAGGAACGGCCGAGCACGGAGUCACCGAAUUCAGUGACAUGACAGACGAAGAAUUCGAGCAGUUCUACCUCAACCCGUUGAUGAUGAACGACACCUCCUGGAUGCAGGAGAUGGGGAAGAUGCCGGUGUCCGAACCGAUCGCGGACUGUCGGAUUCGUCGGCGAAUAGACUGGAGAAGUUACGGUGCGGUAACGUCAGUCAAAAAUCAGGAUCAGUGUGGCGCCUGCUGGGCCUUCGCAACCAUCGCCAACGUGGAGUCCAUGUGGUUCCUCAAGACCAAGCGACUGAUCAGCAUGUCGGAGCAAGAGCUCCUGGAUUGUGACCACUUUGACGGAACCUGUAAAGGUGGCUUCCCCGACAACGCCUUCAGAAGCAUUAUGAAACUGGGGGGGAUGAUGUCUCAGAGGACCUAUCCCUACCGGGCAGCGCAGUGCUACUGCAGGUUCCGGCGCAGUCUCGUCGUUGCCCGGGUCCAGACCUACAGGAACAUCAGGCCUCAUGAGCGCGAAAUGAAGAGGUGGGUGGCCAACAGAGGACCAAUCAUCGUCAUGAUGAAUGCGCGAGCACUGAAAAAAGGGGGUUGCCUUACUGGAUCAUGAAGAACAGAUGGGGAAGAAACUGGGGCGAAAACGGAUAUUUCCGCAUCUACCGGGGCGAGAACGCCUGCGGACUGAACCGUUUCCCCAUGACUGCCAUUGUGUAGUCGGCAGCUCUGAGGCGAACCACGGCCAAUCCUGGGUGGUCCCAGGCGGUGUGUCGUCUGGAGGAAGACUCCAGUACCACAGCUUAGCAAACCUUUCUCGACAAGUGGGAGUGCCUUCCACCCCCCAACCCCGCCUUCCCAUUCCCCAUCUCACGUCUCCAUUCCUCAAUACUAUUCCAGUGGCGGCCCCUGGUCACUCAGCCACACUGCCACACUGGCCAGUGCCCACUGCCCCUGCCAAACACGCCCACAAGCCCCACCACUCCGAUUUGCAGUCCAAUGCAUGAGAGAGGCACCUGGGGUUGUCGGGAGACCCUGCCCAGAUAGCCAGAGCUCUUGUAUUGACCUCACACCAAUCAGAGGCCCCAGGGCGACGGAGGGAGGUGAUUGGACAAUUACCACACCAUCCAUUGGGAACGAUUGGUUCACUUGAAUGGAUCCAUCUUGGGAUAGGAGCGUUUCGUUGGAAUGCCGGCUGGUUGGAAGGGGAGGAAUCAAGGUGCCACUUCCCGUUGGUCCUUGGUAUGGAUGGAUUCCCUCCGGCAUCUUUUACUGGGAAGCGGGUGAUCAAUUAGAUCAUAAGACACUGUAUUAGAAUGAGACCAUUCGGCCCAUUGAGUCUGCUCCGCCGUUCAGACUUGGCUGUUUUAUUCACUGGAAAAGUCUCCCUUGUGGGAUGGUGGGGCUGGGAUUGGCCCAAGUUCCCACCGUUUUCCCAUUUGAUUUGACGUUAAUUGAACCCGGUCCUGCAUUUUCUUUUGGCUUUUGCAAAGACUCAAUAAAAAUGUU